ACGUGUGAAUUUUUCCUGAAAACACAUGUUUUAAAAGCGCAUACUUACUGAGGUUUUUUACCACUAUAACUCUUUAAAAUUGUUAAAAACCGUCGUAAAACCUUUUUGGUAAUGUCUGACAAUGUGCUGGUCAUCGGUAGCGGAGGCAGAGAGCAUUGUUUGGCUUGGAAAUUGGCUCAGUCUGAGCACGUUCAAAAAGUUUACGUCGCUCCAGGGAAUGGGGGAUGUUCUCAAGAGGGUAAUCGCUUUACGGACAAAAUCGAGAAUGUAGUCAAAGUAAAUGUUGCUGAUCAUUCUACUGUGAAGUCGUUUUGUUCAGAAGCAAGUGUGGAUUUAGUUGUUGUGGGCCCCGAAGCGCCAUUGGCGGAUGGGUUAGUUGAUUACUUGUCAAAAUUUGGCAUUUCAUGUUUUGGACCGACAAAAAAUGCCGCUAGAAUUGAAACCAGUAAAGCAUUUGCCAAAGAUUUUAUGAUAAGACACGGUAUUCCUACAGCACGUUUUAAGACUUUUACAGACUGUGAACUGGCUUGUAGUCACGUCCGUUCAGCAGGGUAUCCAGCAUUGGUGGUGAAGGCAAGUGGGCUAGCCGCAGGAAAGGGUGUGGUGGUAGCCCAGGAUUCAGAUGAGGCAGAAAAAGCUGUUGUUAAUAUGCUCAAGAAUAAUGCUCACGGUGAGGCUGGAAGUACCAUUGUAAUUGAGGAGAAACUUGAGGGAAGUGAAAUAUCUGUCUUGGCAUUUUCUGACGGGAAAAAUAUUGCAGUCAUGCCUGCAGCCCAAGAUCAUAAACGAGCAUACAAUGGAGACCUGGGACCUAACACUGGUGGCAUGGGCGCUUAUGCACCAUGCAAUGAGCUUUCAGAGGCAGAAUUAGAGUACAUUACGAAAAAUGUCCUUCGAAAAGCUGUGGAUGGUAUGAGCCAAGAUGGCUGCCCCUUUGUCGGUGUUCUCUUUGCUGGGAUAAUGUUAACAUCUCAAGGACCAAAAGUACUUGAAUUCAAUUGUCGUUUUGGUGACCCAGAAACACAAGUAAUUCUGCCCCUGAUGAAAUCUGAUCUUUAUGCUACCAUUAUGGAGGCAGUGAGUGGUGAUCUUUCUGCAGCCAUACCAACAUGGUAUCAAGACCGGGCGGCCGUUGGGGUAGUCAUGACCAGUGGUGGUUACCCCGGCUCAUAUGACAAAGGAUUUCCAAUCCUUGGCACAGAUGCUUUCAAGGAAAGCAAAGAGAUUGUCAUAUUUCAAGCUGGUACAAAAGUUGAUUCCGAAAGCAAGCAACUUGUGACAGCCGGAGGAAGAGUUCUCUGCGCUGUGGCCGUAUCAGACACUCUCAAAGAUGCUCAGAGGAAAGCCUACGAAGCCGUGAAACAAAUCAGUUUUGAGAAAGCUUAUUAUAGAAACGACAUCGCUGACAAAGCUUUUAGAAAGGUGAAAAUGACGUACGCUGACGCUGGCGUGAGUAUUGACAGUGGUAAUGAAUUCAUCCGAGAGAUCAGACCAUUAGCAAGAGCUACACUUCGCUCAGGGUGCAUGGGGGAUCUCGGAGGAUUUGGUGGGUUGUUUGACCUGAAAACGAUCGGAUAUCAGGAUCCUGUCUUUGUCAGCGGAACCGAUGGAGUUGGUACGAAAUUGAAGAUUGCUCAAAGCUGUGGCUUGCAUUCAACUAUCGGCGUUGAUCUUGUGGCGAUGUGUGUCAACGAUAUAUUGGCUCACGGCGCAGAACCGCUCUUCUUUCUCGAUUAUUUUGCUACUGGUAAACUCGAGAUAUCUGUCGCCAAGCAAGUUAUCGAAGGCGUUUCCGAUGGGUGUAAAUUGGCUGGUUGUGCUCUUUUAGGAGGUGAGACAGCAGAAAUGCCAGGAAUGUACAAAUCGGGUGAAUAUGACUUGGCCGGAUUUGCUGUCGGUGCGGUCGAACGAUCUUCGAUGCUUCCACAAAAGAAUCUCAUUACACCUGGUGACGUCAUCAUAGGCCUAGCCUCGUCAGGUCUUCACAGCAACGGCUAUAGUUUGGUGCGAAAAAUUAUGGACGUACAAGGCCUGACUCUUGAUUCACCGUGUCCUUUCGACGCAGCCAGGAGCCUGGGCGAAGUACUGCUCUCGCCAACCAGAAUUUAUGUGAAAAGCGUGCUGCCCCUCAUGCAGUCUGGAAAUGUGAAAGCUUUUGUACACGUCACUGGCGGAGGUUUGACAGAGAACAUCCCUCGAGUGCUACCUGAGCAUUUGGGCGUGAGUCUGGAUGCGGGUUUGUGGAACAUCCCGCCCGUUUUCGGGUGGAUAAGUCAGGCGGGCAAUGUUGAGCCGACUGAGAUGCUGCGUACAUUCAACUGUGGGUUGGGCGGUGUGCUGGUGUGCGCGAAUGAAGACUCCCUCAUCGCUCUGAAACACUUGCAGCAACACUCAGAACAGACCAGCAUCAUUGGCGUGGUACAAGAGAGCUCUGAGUCAGUGCUCAUUGACGCUUUUCCCGAAAAGUUGCAAGCGAGUUGCCCGCAAGGCAUGCUGCUUAACGGUGUUGGUCGAACGAAGAGAAGCCGCAUCGGAGUGUUGAUCUCGGGCUCAGGCACUAAUCUCCAGGCCCUCAUCGAUCACGCGGCAAAGCCAGAAAGCUCAGCUGAAAUCGUCUUAGUUAUAUCCAACGUCGAAGGGGUUCAAGGCUUGACGCGCGCUAAGAAAGCUGGAAUACCAACUGUGGUGAUAAAUCACAAGAGUUUCUCCUCAAGGACCGACUUCGACAUGGCGUUGGACGUAGCUUUGGAAGAGGCCGGCGUAGAGUUUGUGCUUUUGGCUGGAUUUAUGAGAAUUUUGACUGGGAUGUUCGUGAACAAGUGGCGAGGCAAAAUGUUGAACACCCACCCGUCCUUGUUGCCGUCGUUCAAAGGCAUGCACGCUCACAGAGAUGUCCUCAAGGCUGGAGUGAAAAUUAGCGGUUGUACAGUACACUUUGUUGCGGAGGAGGUAGACGCCGGCGCCAUAGUCGCUCAAGAAGCAGUCCCUGUGCUUCCAAAGGACACGGUGGUAAUCCUGCAGGAACGGGUGAAAAAAGCUGAACAUGUCUGUUAUCCCAAGGCGAUGGAGUUACUGGCAAGUGGUCAGAUCGUACUUGGUGAUGAUGGUCGAGUACAUUAUCAAUGGUAAAAUGGUGGAGUCGUUCCAGGUUUGA